CAAAUAUAUUCCCUCACAAAACAUGUGGCUCUGUGAUCAACGUCGCAUGGGUCCAGAAUAUAUGAAUAGGGACGUUGGGGAAAUGUAUCUCAGACAAGGGAUUUGCGAAUGUGUUGAUGUUUUGAGGCAAUUCAAUGGACGAGAAGAAGUCAUUAAUGUUGCACUUGAAGUUUUAGAAGGGGUUGAGAUGCCUAUGUAUUUGAAGGUCAUGUUGAGAGGAAUUUCAGAUGAAGAAUUUCCAUGGUAG